AUGCUACUCCUUCGCUCUCCCCUUAAGCUCCAGGCAACCAAGAGUGCACCGCACGCAGCGCUUUUGUGCCUCGUCAUUUCCAUCGUGCUCUCCGCGCCGUGCGCCGUGCGCGGCGCGCAGGGUCCCGCGGCGUCGUCGAUAGCGGCGGCGCUGUCAAGCGCGUCGUCGCCAGCGCAGUCAUUCAACGUGACACUGCUCGUCCUCAAUGCCACCGGGCUGCUCGCCAAGCUGCCCGUGCUCGCGCCGCUCACUCUCUUCAUGCCCACCGAUGCCGCGUGGCGCGCCGCAUUCCACGGCCUCGAUCUGCCGUACCUCAGCGUUCCCUUCCCCUUUGCCACCGUCGGUGGCGAGACCCCUGGAACGCCCAGCGUUGCCCCCACGGCGGGAGGCGCUAGCGGCGGUGCGAGCGCGACGAUGGUGCCAAACCUGAACCCGUUGACUUUCAACCCGCUUCUCGUCGCACUGAGCACCAUGUUUUUCGGCGACGGGACGCUCGCAUCGCUGGCGGCGCUGGCAAAGGAGCGGCCCCAGGCGCUGAAGGCUCUGUCAGACCUCAUCGCGUACCACUUGGCGACCACGGCGCUGAACACGGCGGCCAUCGCGGCGCAGUUCAUGGCGAAUGCCGGCAACCUGACGACGGUGGACGGGCAGGGGCUGUGGAUCAACUACAACACUAGCCAAUCCGCCGCGCUGCUCAACGCGUACUCGCUGGCGCAGCGCGCGAUGGUUAGCGAGGGGAUAAGCGUGGGGUACGACGACACCGUAUACUACCCGAAUGGCACCACCGUGGCGGCCAACGGCACAGUCAUCUUUGACCCCGCGAUGAGCCCCGUGGCCGUAGACUCGGAGGGCAACACAUACUUCGCCAACGGAACCGUCGUCGGCGCCAAUGGCACCGUUGUGAGCACCAACGGCAUCGAUGGGACGGGCAUCCCCCUGCCCCCCACCGUCUCGUCACCUCCCUCCAACGGCGACGGCUCGGCGGCACCGCGCGGCGUGGCUGGCGCGCAGAUGAUGAUGGAGACCCCCCAGAUGACGGGCAGCGGCCCUGCCAAUAUGCCCCCCGCCAACGCCAUGCCCGCCUCCGUUGCUAUGCCCCCUGCCACCGCCGUGCCCGGCCCCGCUGAUGUGCCCCCCGUCAUCGCCAUUCCCGCCCCUGCUGAUUUGCCCCCCAACAUCCUGGUGGACCCAGCCCCGGGGGUCAUGGGUGGGUGGGGCAUUGAAGGCGACUGGGGAAACUGGAGCACGGAUGCGCAGCAGCAGUGGUGGGGGAAUGCAACGGAGUGGAUGAACGGGGCCGUGCUGGGGCUGAACGUGACAGCUAGCGAGUACCUCGCCUGGCAAGCUGGCAGCGACAUGAACGUGGCUCGGGUGGUGCGGGCUGAUCUGAUGGACAGCACUGGUGUCGUGGUGCAUGGUGUGGAUGAAGUGCUCUUUCCCCACUUCCGCGACUUGCUCGUGUUGAAGGGCGGCGCAGGAGGAGGAGAGGGUGCUGUGCCUAUGCCCAUUGCCAUGCCUGUCAUGGCACCUGGUGGCGUUGCUAACGACAGCGCAAACGGCACCGGCACGAAUGGCACUACGACUGGUGGGAAGCCCGAUGACAGCGCUGCCACGGGUGGUAGUGCUCCUGCUGUUGCUGUGUCUAGCAGCAGCAGCGGUGGGCAGGAUGUAUCUAAGAGUGCGGCGAGUGGCACUCCAGCACCACCUGUUGGGUCACCCCCCCCGAGCAAAUCACAGAGCAAGGCUCCUGCAGUACCCCUCCUCUUAGCAAACGCUCUCCCUCGUGGCUCUGCUGUAGCAUGA